AUGGAGCGCCCACUCCCUCCCUUGUCCACCGACCCUCAUCUCACAGAUCCUCCUCUUCUGAAGAAUCACUCUGCUUUGAAGACUUACAAAACCAGCCAUGCAGAGUACAAGGACAUUAGAGUAUUCUACCGUGAGCAUGCCAAGGCCGAGGAGCUCUACAAGUCGAUAGGACCCCUGCCGUUGCUGGUAUGCAUUCCCGGCCUGGGCGGUUCUGUCGCGCAGUUUGAUCCUCUCCUCAACAGCCUCGUCGAUUUGGCGCCAUGUCUGGCAAUCGAUUACCCAGGUGGUGGUCGAUCAGGCUUUAACACGACUUCCUGGGACGCCUAUUCUUUCGAGGCCCUUGGAGAGCUGUUUGAAACUAUUAUUGAGGAUUAUCGAGACAAGGAUGCGGGGCAAACUGUUGUGCUGCUUGGCCAUAGCAUGGGAACAGCGCAUGCGGCUAGAUUGGCGAACAGGGAGGUCGCCCACGUUACUCGUUUGGCAGAGUACGUUGUCGGGCUCAUCGCCAUCUGUCCUGCCCCUCCAGUGAGCGAGGUGUUGGCCAACAGAGUGAGAUGGUUCCUGUGGGUUCCUGGGUGGAUCUUUGACCUGUGGCGAGCUUGGGAUGGGAUGGGUGGCCCGGAGAGUGGGAGUGUGCGCCGCCUGGUUGGUCCUGACGCUGAACCCGAGCUGAAGGCUAUGCAGUAUCGUUACAACAAGCAAAGCCGGACACCGGUUUGGAGACGGACUUUGAACGGCGCAUUACCGACUUACAAGGAGGGAAAGCCAGUGGGUGGUAUGGCGAGUCUGGAUGUCUGGGCAGGACUCAAUAUUCCAGUCUUUGUGAUCGCGGGCGACAAGGACAAGUUGACCCCGCCCUCAGAAGUUCAGAAGAUAUUCGAGGCGGUAAAGUUAGGCCUCAAGGAUACAGGAUCCGAAGCAGCGGGAACAGAUGCUUUGGGCGCUGUUUCAGCUGCUCCUGUGGAUAUAUCGACUCGACUCGAGGAUCAUCUUCCUGAGACUAUUGAAGAUAUUAGGGAGUCGGAUUUUUAUAAGACGAAGGAACCUCAACCCGAAAGUCAAGAUGAUGACCCUUCAACUCCCCAGGAGACACCAGCGGAUGUCCCGCCCCAGCCUCGCCAUCCCCGCAAGGUAGUCAAGUACAUUGUGAUGCCGGAGGCCACUCACGCUGUGCUCUACGUCCCCAAGUCUGUUCGUGCCCUGGCUGGCUUGAUAUCCGACUUCCUCGCCACCAAUGUGACGAAGAGAUUGUCUUUGGCCUGGCAGCUGCAGUACUUAUCCCGGGAGGGCAAAUGGGAUGUCAAGAAUCUGAACAAAUGGAAGAAGGUAGCGCCGGUAUCUGAGCCCAUUGGUCCUGCUGGAAAGCCCAUUUUCCGAGCUAUGAAGACCCUCCGUGAGGCAGACGACGUACACACUCCCACAGAGUUUGUCAGCCACUGGGGACACAUUAUAAAAAACGUCGUCGAUAUUUCAAAAGACCAGCCUGUUUAUGACCCGCGUGGGCUUGAGCGGGCAGGCGUCCAUUACCACAAAUUCCCCACCGUUUCCAAGGUGCCACCCACGGCCGAGGAGGUCGAACAAUUCAUCCAGCUCAUCGACACUAUCCGAAGCCGGCAGCCAGAGACUGGCGAGGGCGAGAAAGAGUUGAUCGGCGUCCACUGUCACUAUGGCUUCAACCGCACAGGCUAUUUCAUUGUGUGCUACCUCGUCGAGCGAUGUGGUUUCAGUGUCAAGGACGCGAUCGCAGAGUUUGCGACGAACAGACCACACGGUAUUCGGCACUCUCAUUUCUUGGACCGCUUGUACGUGAGAUAUAGCAUGGAGGCUGCCCAGAAGGACUAA